UUGUGGUGUUAUCUGAUUCGCUAAGGCUUUCGCAGCUUUUCCUGCUAUCAUUCUUAUCAUUACUUAUUCAGUCUUUCGCCGCAAGUUUACCGGGGUACGUACGUGAGUUUGUUCACGUCGAGUAGUUGAUGAACGAGUCGUAUUUUGUUUAUUUUUACGAACUCAAGCACUUACGGUCUGCAACACCAAAUUUGUGAACCUUCCUCAUUUGUUCCCAAGCUUCAUCUUAUCUUUAUGCAGUUUAGGUCAUUAUUUCGCCACAAAAUGAAAAUCCUAUUUCCAGCUGCAGGAUGGUUCUUCAUGCAGCUAUUUGCCUCUAGCUUUGCUGAAGCGGAAGAUUCAAAGAUUAAAGUUCUCACAGCUGCUGAUUUUUCGACAGCCAUUGCUAAGAAUAACCACUUCGUAAUGUUUUUUGCACCAUGGUGCACCUAUUGCCAAAGAUUGGAACCAACGUGGGAAGAACUUGCGGAAAUGUUGAACGAGCCUGUUGAUAGCCGCGUAAACAUUGCCAAGGUUGAUUGCACUACUGAUACAUCUUUGUGCUCAGAACAUGAUGUAACUGGUUACCCAACCUUAAAAUUUUUCAAACAAGGAUCUAAUGCUGGAGCUAAAUUCAGAGGGACCAGGGAUUUACCAUCCCUCAGUACUUUCAUCAAUGAACAGAUGAACGAUGACCCCAACGAGGAUUCUUCUUCCGAAAGUGGCUCGGCCCCAGAAAACAACAGUGGUUUAUUUGAGCUAACGGAUGAUAAUUUCCAUAAACAUAUUGCGACUGGGUCUCACUUUGUAAAGUUUUACGCUCCGUGGUGUGGUCAUUGUCAGAAACUAGCACCUACUUGGAACUCUCUAGCUAAAUCAUUUGAGUCUGAUCCUAAAGUUCGGAUCUCCAAAAUUGAUUGUACGAUUCAUGAUUCAGUCUGCAUAAACUUAGAAAUCAGAUCCUACCCCACAUUGUUGUGGUUUGAAGAUGGAAGGAAGGUUGAAAAGUAUAGUGGUCAUAGAAAUCUAGAAGAUUUUCAAGCCUACGUCCAGAAAAUGCUGGACUCUAAAUCGAAAUCAAGUCAGAAGUCCAAGCAAGUAGAAGAAGAUGUACCUGAUAAAGCUAGUCCUGUAUUGGCCCUCUCAACGGAGACUUUCGAAUCUGGGAUUGAAAAGGGAAUCACUUUUGUUAAGUUCUUCGCCCCAUGGUGUGGUCACUGCAAGAGGCUAGCACCCACUUGGGACGAACUUGCCAAGAAAUUCUCAGAAAAUAGCAAGAUCAAGAUUGCAAAAGUUGACUGCACUUUGUCUUCCAGUAAAACUUUGUGCAAUACUCAGGAGGUGGAUGGUUUUCCAAGUCUGUUCCUGUAUAUUGACGGAAAAAAAGUAUCAGAGUACAACGGCUCACGAGAUCUUGAAGACUUAUAUAACUUUGUCAUAAAGCAUGAAAUUCAGCAUGAUGAGCUUUAAGAAUCCUAAUUGCAAAGCGAAUGGAUUUUUUAUUAUACGAUAAUUCCUGUGUUCCCCUUACCUCAGAGUCUUACAACACUAUUUAUGCCGGAGCAACAUUUUAGAAUCCUAAAAACAUGAUCUCAAACUCGCAGAAAAAACUCUGGGAGCCAGUGUGAUUGUUAUUAAAACAUAUCAGGAUGUUUAUUAAGAUUUAUUUUAUCAUAAUACAGAAAGAGGAAGUGAGUAAGGCUUACCAAAGAAUUACGAAAGUCAGAUUUUUCUGUGAAUUCCCUUUGUUGUCUGUUAAGAAUUUUUUACAUUUUAGUUUUCCAGGCAAUUUUAAAGCUUUCAUUACAAAGCGUAGCUUUGGUUUUCAAGAAACAUGAUAUCUGUAGUAUUGAUGUGGAGCUCAAUAUUUGGCUGAAGAUAUUUUUAAAUGGUCAGUAGGCAAAUUUUCGCAAGAGGAUUAGGUUAAGUUUUUGCCUAAUGUAUACAUUAAAGCGUUUCUUAGGUGCAAAAAUUUAGUUAGAUAUAAUUUUGUUGCUUGGAUUAAGAUAUUCAAAAUACAAGGAAACGCCGGGAAUGAGAAAAGUUCUAGUUUUACCUUAAGUACUUGUUUAAGAACUGAAUUUAUUGAUAGUUUUUUUUCCUUUAGAUUUUAGUGCACUUUAGUGGGUUUCUUUUUUUGUAAAAAAAAAAAAAAAAUCCUCGGCUACCAAUCAGGAAGGCUCUAUAAGAUUGUAGCCAGGAGGCAGAAAAGGCUGUGACAUAUUUAAAUGUUACCUUUAUUGUCCCGUAUUGCCGCCUCACUCUCUGUUUUGUUUUUCUUGUCUAAAAUACCAACUGUUCAUCCGAAAAUUUGUUCUGCUGUUGAUUUUUGAGACGUAAUUUAACUAGUGCACUUCCACACCUAAUGUAAUCGUAGAAUAAUCUAGAAAAUCUGUUUUUUGACUGUUCCCCCCCCCCUAUUUUUUAUCAUUAUUCAAAGGCUGGUGGUAAUGUCAGCAUCUUGUUGAUCCUUCAAGGAUUGUUCUUAUUAUCUAAUCCACUGUACUGUUGAUAUUACUGUGACAUCACCCUGAGUAAGUAAGCUAAACCCAAAAAAUUUUGACUUGUGAAAUUUUAUUUUAUUUCUUUUUUAGAGUAGUGUAUGUUGUACCAAUAAGUUGGAAGGACCACAAAAGUGCUGAUGUUUUGUUGUUUGCAUUUUAUUUGUGGUCAACUUAACAUAAUUACAGUUAUUAUGAUCUUAUGUAUUAUUGGUGAACCAUUUUCAUCACAAUCACUCGUCUUACUUUCGAACAUUAAAAUUUUUAUGGACUGCAUUUUUAACUGUUUUCUACGCGGAAAACUUUCUUUAAACAUACUCAUAAAAAAGUGCCUCAAAUUUGUUGGGUCAAUGAAAAGAACUUUUCCACCCAUUUUACCAGGGGUGUACUCAGUCGGAAAAAAUAUACAGGAAUAUCGGCCGAUUAGUGCUCAGAUUGGCCUCUUUUAAUAGUUGUUUUGCCAUGUACCUAUAGGAGACAAAUAGGUUUAAAAUCGCCUUUAAUAUCGUUUGGAUCAUCAUGGGUUUUCUUAGUAAUCUCACCUGCCUGACUAUCCCUGCAUUACACCAAGUCUAGAUCGUAAAGCAUCGUUUUAUCAAGUACAGGAACACAAAUGAGUCCGACCUCAAGCUCAAAAUUUUGAUGCAUCACAGAUUUUUAUAACUCUUCUAUAGCAAAAUGAAGCUUGAACUGUACACCAUUCAUAAGAAUUCUACUAAAAGUUUGACUCUUAUUGAGUCAGUCUUGAUAGUUCAUGAAAGAUGAUGGAAUAUUCUGUUAUGUGAUAGUUUAAACAUCGUAUGCAAGUUAUGGGCUUAGUGUUCAAUGCUUUUGGUCUAAGAAUGAAAAAAGUGUUAAUUAAAAAUUGUUUGAAUCAUCUGAUACAAGAAUGUGAACUUGACUUUUCCUCUCAUUGUUAAGAUGUGUUCUUCAGCUCUCUCAUGCUCAGCCCAUCAACAGUGUGUUACUUUUCCUGUUGUAGAAUAGAAUGUGUUGUUAGUCAUUUUUUUUUUUCUUCUUUUGUACUUACAUGAGUAUUAAAAUUUUGAAACCAA